AUAAACAUAAACCGUUUCUAUUGGUGACUAUUUUUGUACCUUGUUCUAGCGUAACGAAUUUAUUUAGAUUUUAGGCUAAUGAAAAAUAAACAAUUUGGCCGUUAACACACGCGUGUUGCAAUAAAUGGUGUUAAAUAAAUAAAGAGGUACAUUAAUCUUAAGAAAUUCAAUAUGAAUAUCGAUAUGGACGCAUCGAACAGUGAUGAGUACUUCGUGACCGCAUUACAAAUAUUUGACUACUGUGGGGCAGAUAGUUCGGGCACAUUACGAGUUGAUGCGCUCAUGGACAAAUUCGCUCCUUUCGUUAAAACUAACAAGUCGGAAUAUAGCCAUCUCAGAUCAAUUUUAGACCCAGAGCAUGACAACCCAGAAAUAAAUGUGAGCAAGCUCGCAAAAGCUUUGAAUAAGUACAGUGAAACUCAGAAAGCUAAAGUUGACCAUGAUGAAAGUUUUAAUUUGAAAAGUGGACAAGCACCACAGGAUUCCGAUUCGGGAAUAUCUACAGAUGCCGGCUACCAACUAUUAGAAGACCUACAAUGUGAGCUACGAGAGAAGGCCCGCCUGGCUCGAGAGCUGCGCAGCCAGUUAGAGUUCACUGACAGACACCAUGAAGAAGCCCUGGCUGCCUUGUCUGCCGAGAACGAACAGCUUCGGGCACAUCUCAACAUUCUUCGCGAAGAAAACGCGACGUUACCCGAAGUCCGUCGCGACUAUGAAGAGGCGUGUGAGCGACUGUCCACCUGCGAACUGGCUUUGGCUGACUCCAGACGAGAACUGGACUCCUACAAGAAACGCUCCAAAGUGCUGCACGAACAAGUUGCCACGUUGGAAAAUGAGAAACUGACCCUACAAGAACAACUGAGCAAAUCUAAGGACGAGUGCCACCGCAUCAACGAGAUGUAUGCCAGCAGGCAGUCCUCGCUUCUAGAACAGAAUGAUAGUCUGAAGACCGAACAUGCCGACCUUACCGCGAGGUUACAGGACCAGGAGGAGUUCAUGCAGCAGAUGAUCAAGGAGAAGGUUCUACUAGAGAUGGAGCUAAAAGAUCUCCUGAACAAGUCUAACCACACCGCCUUGCGCAUGGACCACUCUAUAGACAUCAGCUACACUGAGGACCAAAUGCUGACAGCGCUCGAUAGUCUCAACUCUGACACUAGAUUCUCACAAGACAACCGCUUGUUAGACGAAGAGUCCUUCCUAAACGCUUUGCGAGAAGACCAGGGUCGUGCAACCAACAUGUCGUUGUUUGACGAAAUACGCCUUAGCUUCUACAACAGGUCUAGAGUUAACAACACAGAUUGCAAUAUCACUUGCGACAGGCUUGAUAGAAGUUUUGACACUUCUAUGACUAAUAAAAGCACUCAGACAGAAAAUGACGAAAAUGAUAAAGAUUUAGUCGAAAAUGUUAAGGAUACAACUAACAGCAUAACUGAAACAGAGGAUGUUAAUAUAAAUAAUAAUAUAGAAAUUUGCACGAAAUGUGUCGAUUAUGAAAUGUUGAUAAAACAUACUGUGAAAGUUGAAAAGGACGCGACACGAUAUUUCAACGCGGUGACGUCUUUGGAGAAUGACUUAGAGAAAUGUGAAAAUAAUUUGGAUGUGUUGCAAAAAGUCGUUGUUGAUGGUGAAGAACGAAACUGUUCGUUAAGAGAUGCUAUUAAAGAUUUGCAAGCUAAGCUGUCUGUGUUAGAAGGUGCUUGUGAGAAACAGCUGAAAAAGAUAGCUAGUUUGUGCGGUGAGACGUGCGUUACUGGAAGCCAAACUGAUUAUGAUACCGCUUCAACUGGCACUCAAGUAGAGAUUCCCUGCCACGAGUGCGUAAAACGGAACGUCGCCGCGCCGCAGAAGAGCUUCAGAAGAUAUUUAUGGGAGCCCCUAAAGAGUCUGUUUCAAAUAUUCGCCGUCAUCUGCUUCGUGUGCGCCGUGUGGCUGCUGUACGGCGUGGCGCGGCGGCGCGGCGGCUGUGCGCGCGCGCCGCUGGCCGGGCGCUGGCCGGCCGCGCAGGACCUCGUGGACUUGUUGCUGAGGGUCGACUAUGUGGCUGAGGUGCCUAUGUGAGAUUACAGUUCUCGAAAAAAAAAAAUAAUGAAGAAUAUCAUUACGGAAACAAAAUGUGUGUUAUAGUGAAACAAAAGCAGAAAUCUUUGUCAAAAAAAAAAAACAAUAUUCCUACUUACUACAAAACGUAUACAAUGUGUUCUGUGUAAUGGAAAAACGAAUUACAACAUAAGUUUUGUAGCACACAAAGAUAAUAAAAUUUAAGUAACCUAUUGGCCAUUUUGAUAAAAUUCAGUUUGUUUCGGCAUGAUAAAAGUAAAACUUUAUUCUAUGUGUUCAGUGAAAACAUAGCCAACAUAACAACUUUUGUUUGUACAAUAAGCUACAGUCAAUAUAAUAUAGCAAUACUAAGAUGCAAGUGAGAAAAAGCCAAAUAAUUGUGCUUCCUAUGUGUAACACUAAAUUUAGUUUACUGCAAUAGUUAUAACUUAAUUUUAUAUAUUUAUAGGAAAAUAUUAUUAGUUAGAAUAUUGUAGAUUUAUUCUCGACACAUGUUAUAAGGCUUGUGUUAUUAUCUUAUAAUUGUUUAAUUUCAUAUAUAUUUUAAUUCACAUUUUUAUAUGAUCAAUAUAAAAAAAAUUAAGUUUAAAAUUGCUUGAAUGAAACAAUCUCAAAUUCUUUCUUUCAAUACUUAUUCUUAUUUCAGUGCUUUUAAAAUGUUUGAUAAUUGUCAAUUUACUUACCUACUUAAGAAUUUUAUGAAUCAAUGUGUAAAAUUCCAAAAAAUAAGUGCAUUUAUGUAUAGAAAUAAUCAGUAACACUUACGACGAGAAAAAAAAAUCUGUGAUAGGAUAGUGCCAGUUAAUUAGAAUACAUACUUUUAAUUAGAAUUUUACCCAAUUAAGAAAACGUACAUUCGUUUCGAAUUUAAAAAGUGUUGUGACAAAAAUUAUAUGACCAAAAAUUAUUAUUAAAAUUUAUAAUGAAUAUGAUAAGCCAAUUUUCUAAUUUUAUACGAAUCCCUUAUAUUAGAUAAUUUAAAUUCCAAAUUAUUUUCGAAUAAAGUUUUUUUAACAUUUGACUAACUUUGUAUUUAUUUUUGCAUUUAAAGUUUUAAUAAUAUGAGCAAGACUCGCGUAGACAUUAGUUGUAUUCGUAUGUAUUAAUAAACAAAAUACUGAAGUUACUGACGAUUCAUAACUAUUAUAUUAGUGCCUUCACAUUUCGAACAGUAUUAUCAGUUGAGAAUUAUUAGCUUUUAAAGCUGUUCCAUCAUACUCCAUAAAUAGAAUUAAGAGUGAAUUGCACCGUGUUACUAUUACGAUAAAAUUACAAGCUGUCAAAUCCUCGAUUACAAAAUACACUAUUUGUUACCGCGAGUGUCAAAGAUGUGCAAUUCACACUUAUGUAAGGUGUAUCUAAUUGUAAUUUUAUCAGCAAUUGUAUUAACUUUGCUACAUAUUCGCAGUAAUUUUGCUUUAUAUUUAUUAUUGUCCAAUAGAGAAAUGUUACAUAUUUAUGCAUGUUUACUAGUCUGUAAUUGAUAACUAGAGAUUAUGUUUUUGAUAACAGUUCCUUUUAAAUGUGUCGCAUUUUUAUACUUAAUUUCUCAUACGAAUGUAAGUAAUUUUAAUAUCUGCUCAUUAGGAGUUAAUUGUGAGCGUAUUUAUGUGUCUUUUUUGUGUUAAAAUGUAUGUAUCUGAGAAAUA